UUUAAGUNAAUAUGUAAAAAUAUAACUACUACAUGCAAGAACAUGAUAAUGUUAUGAAGAUAGAAUCAUUAACAAUUGGUCAGCUGUUUGUUGAUAUUGAAUUUCCACCAAAGAAUAGUUCAAUCUUUUUUAAUAAUCCUCUAAUAGAUGGGAAAGUGACAUGGAUGAGACCACACGAACUAAUUGACAAUCCUCGUCUUUUGGUGGAUGGAGUAAGUCAGCAUGAUAUUAUUCAAGGAAUUUUGGCUGAUUGUUGGUUUUUGUCUUCAUGUGCUGCUGUAGCCCAAUACCCUACUUUAAUGAGAAAAGUAAUUCCAUCAAAUCAACCUCUUUAUGGAACAGGUUAUAAGGGAUUUAUUUGGUUUCAAUUUUGGCAAUAUGGAAAAUGGGUAACUGUUUAUAUAGAUGAUUUACUUCCAACUAAAGACGGACGUUUAAUUUUUUCUCGCUGUUCUGAUAACAGAGAAUUUUGGGUUGCUUUAUUAGAAAAAGCAUAUGCAAAAUUACAUAAAUCAUAUGAAGCUUUAGAAGGAGGCCAAGCUAUGGAUGCUUUGGUAGAUUUAACAGGAGGUCUUGCAGAAAGAUAUGAUCUGGAUGAUGCACCUUCCAAUUUGUAUGAUAUAUUAUUAAAAGCGUCAUCUAAUGGAGCAUUUAUAACUUGUUCUCGAAAAGGUGACUGGCGGACAGCUAAUGUUGCAGAUAACAAUGGAUUAGUUGCAGGACAUGCUUAUACUGUAACUGCAGUAGCAAAUGUGACCUUGAUAAGUGGAGAACAAGAGAAUUUAUUAAGAAUAAGAAAUCCAUGGGGGAAUGAAGUAGAAUGGAAUGGAAAAUGGAAUGAUAAUGAUCUUAUUUGGUCUGAAGUCAGCAUUUCAACUAAACAUCACUUGCAAUGGAAGAAAAGAGCUGAUGGAGAAUUUUGGAUGAAUUAUGAUGAUUUCUGUAAUGAAUUUGAAGAAGUAACUGUAUGUACUAUUGGACCUGAUUUUAAUCAAGACGGAACAGUUAAUAAAACUGGAUAUGUUUGUACUGUAAAAGGAUGUUGGGAACAAGGAUGUACUGCUGGAGGAUCAAGAAAUAAUCUUGAACUAUUUUCACUUAAUCCUCAAUAUUUACUUACAGUUCUAAAUAUUUCAGAUGUGUAUAAAGAAUGUCCAAAAAUUAGCAUGAUUAUUGCUUUGAUGCAAAUACGACAAUAUUGCAGGAAACAUAACAAGAGUAGAAUGUUACAAAUUGGUUUUGCAGUAUAUAAAACAAAAACUCCUCAUAAAAGGCUUUCUCGUUAUUUUUUUGUGAAAAAUUCUGAUGUUGGUAAUUCUGGACCUUAUAUUAAUUAUCGAGAAAUAUUUAAAAGAUUUGAAAUGAAUCCUGGAAGUUAUGUAAUAAUUCCUGCCACAUUUGAGCCCAACUGUCCUGGUUCCUUUCUCAUUAGGAUUUAUGCUGACAGUCCUUUCCGAGUAAAGGAAUUAAAAUAAAAAAACUUUCUAUGCAUUUGUGCCUUUUCCUAAAUGAUGUGUGGGACUCACUUUCACCUUUUAAGUAAAGAAUGCAAAUUCAUUCACAGUAAUAUUUGAAUUUUUAUAAUGUAAUUCUUUUAAAUUUUUAUUUUAGAAGUACUUAAUAUUUAAUGUAUUUCCCAGUUUCUCAGAUUAAUUAGUUUUUGAGGUGUUAAGUUGUAAUUAAUGAGUUGAGUUGAAAAUUUAUUUAACCAUUUUCAAAAUGAUAUAUCUAUUUAUCUUUAAUUAUUAUUGAAAAUGAUUAUUUUAAACAUUGCCACUUGUUACAAGGAUCACAUUAAUGUGAAUAAUAUUGUUAACUAUAUGUUAAAAA